UACCCCACACAAGUCUCAAUUUGGACACGCGCCAGCCAUUUCCUUCACUGAGCUGCGGAGGUCACACCCGAAUGAGCAAAGCGUGGAGGCGUCGAAGUGACUUGUUGUUAAUGUAGGAUCCCGUAGUUCGAUGUGGCUAUGGGUGGUGGCCAGACAUAACGACAUAGCAGGAGUCUCCGGUGACACGGUUGCGUUUGGAUUUGACGUGGUUGCUUCUACUCUCACAUUACGGGACAUUUUUUGUAGCUCCUCGAGUUUUAGGUUCUACUGUGCAAAACUGAGACCUAGAGAUCACGUAUUUGUUUGGAACCAUGCGCGUCUGUGACGGAAUCAAAACAACAAUGCAGAGUGGCACAAAUACAUCACAUACAGCCAAUGAAUUAAGUGACGCGGUGUCUGUGUCUUUAGGUUUGAGUUCGCAGUUUAACGAGAUAGUGGAUAAUGGACGGGGCGACACUCCGUUCUCUGCAGACAGCGGCCCAAAUCACGGAAACCGUUUCUCCGUCUUGGAGGAUUUUGGAGAUGGCGCCAGUUUGACCUCAGAGUUAACCACCCAGAUGCCGAGGAAAACGAUAAUUAUAUCAAAUGGGCCAUCAUUCGAAGUAAAUCAAGACAUUUGUGGACCAAAUUACUUGGGAUUUUUACAGACCUCGGAGCGAGAAAGGGACAGCGAAUGGAACGUGACAAGGCCUACGCACGAUUUGGAGAUGGCCCGAGAUCCCCGUAAAAACUCGGACAUGUUCGUGAAUCUGGAUAACGGUAACGCAGUGCCCUCUCAGUUUGACGAACUGUUACCUUUAAGUUCUCCAUUACGCAAAGACCCCCCAGCCCUGGUGUUUGGUAGGGACUUUCCGGACACAUCGACAGUUAAUGAUCAAAUCCAAAGCAACCGUAACAUCAAAAUCGAACCAGGGCACGAGGGACCCUGUCCCGUGGCGGAUGGAUAUUGGUUCUGUAAAUAUUGUGACAACGGAAAUUGCAUGUCUCGUGGAGCACGUAAACCCUUUCCCUGUACUUCGUUCCCUGGGGUUAACGAUACGGACUAUGACUCUGGGAUGCCACAGGAGUUUCAUGUCCAGGCGCAAAGUUACCAAAGUGUGACGAUGGGUGAAAGGGGUCUCCAAGUGUAUCACUCCGCUAUCAAGAAGGAUAGUUCUGGAUGGAUGGGUGCUGACCCCAGCUUGAGAUGUGAGGAUAUGUUGCCAGUGAGGGUGUAUUUCUCAGACCGGAGGGUGUGUAAGGUAUGUGGAGACGAGGCGUCAGGCUGUCACUAUGGAGCUGUUACCUGUGGGAGCUGCAAGGUGUUCUUCAAGAGGGCCGCAGAGAGUAAGCAGAAUCACCUGUGCGCCAGCCGUAAUGACUGCACCAUCGAUAAGCUGAGGAGGAAGAACUGUCCUUCCUGUCGUCUCAGCAGAUGCUUCCAGUCUGGAAUGAGCCUCAAAGGCCGGAAGCUGAGGGGAGCUGGCCCGUUGAAAGGAGUAGUGGAGGGGGGAACACAGGCACCCGGCAGAGAGAGGACUGGAGAGAGGGAAGGAGAGAGGACUGGGGGACUACAGUUAGCCACCAUUUCCCCACAGGCUCAAUGUGAGGAUCAAUAUUACCGCUGUGCUGCUCUGCAGGCUCCCACUCUUGGCCCCUCCCCCAGCCUACGCCCCUCCCUCCUCAAUGUCCUCAGUUCAAUCGAGCCAGGAAUGGUCAACGCAGGCCAUGACACCUCCCAGCCAGACUGUUUCACCUCCCUACUGUCCAGCCUCAACGAGCUGGGAGAGAGACAACUGGUGUCUGUGGUGAACUGGGCUAAAGCCAUGCCAGGUUUCAGAGAGCUGUAUGUAGAAGACCAGAUGUCAGUGAUCCAGUCUUCAUGGCUGGGGUUGAUGGUUUUCGCUCUGGGCUGGAGGUCUUACACUAACACAGACGCUAGAGAGCUCUACUUCGCUCCUGACCUCAUCUUCAACGAUCAGAGGAUGCGUGUGUCCAGUAUGUAUGAACACUGUGUCCAGUUCCGUCUACUGUCCCAGAGGUUCUGUAUGCUCAGAGUCACCCAGGACGAGUUCCUCUGUAUGAAGGCUCUGCUCCUCUUCAGCAUCAUCCCCGUGGAGGGUCUGAGGAAUCAGAAGUGUUUUGACGAGCUGAGGAUCUCUUACAUCAAGGAGCUGGAUCGUCUGGCCAGCUACCACGGAGAAAAACACCACACACAACGCCUGUUCCAGCUAACACAACUACUGGACUUCCUACACCCGAUUGUGAGGAAGCUGCACCAGUUCACCUAUGAUCUGUUUAUCCAGGCCCAGUCUCAGCCCACCAGAGUAAGCUAUCCAGAGAUGAUCUCUGAGAUUGUCAGCGUUCACGUGCCCAAGAUGCUCACAGGCAUGGUUCAGCCAAUCCUCUUUCACAAUGCACCUUGCUAGAGGGUCAUCCUAUCACAAUGCACCUUGCUAGAGGGUCAUCCUAUCACAAUGCACCUUGCUAGAGGGUCAUCCUAUCACAAUGCACCUUGCUAGAGGGUCAUCCUAUCACAAUGCACCUUGCUAGAGGGUCAUCCUAUCACAAUGCACCUUGCUAGAGGGUCAUCCUAUCACAAUGCACCUUGCUAGAGGGUCAUCCUAUCACAAUGCACCUUGCUAGAGGGUCAUCCUAUCACAAUGCACCUUGCUAGAGGGUCAUCCUAUCACAAUGCACCUUGCUAGAGGGUCAUCCUAUCACAAUGCACCUUGCUAGAGGGUCAUCCUAUCACAAUGCACCUUGCUAGAGGGUCAUCCUAAUCACAAUGCACCUUGCUAGAGGGUCAUCCUAUCACAAUGCACCUUGCUAGAGGGUCUUCCUAUCACAAUGCACCUUGCUAGAGGGUCAUCCUAUCACAAUGCACCUUGCUAGAGGGUCAUCCUAUCACAAUGCACCUUGCUAGAGGGUCAUCCUAUCACAAUGCACCUUGCUAGAGGGUCAUCCUAUCAUAAUUCAUCCUAAAAGAGGGACAGACAAUAACAAAACAAUCUGCUAGACAUUCAACCCAGGGUCCCCCAUUGAUUUUGUCCGUCUCUCUCACUCAGAUAUCAUAUCAACAUGGCGUAAGUCCUGGCAAAAUGUGUAGAAUUGUAGAAAAUUGGCUUUAAAACAGCAAGAUUUUCUCUCCACCCCAUUGCAAAAUGUGUAGAAUAGCAUGAAAUAUGUUUUAAAACCACAACAUUUUCUCUCCACCUCAUGGCAAAAUGUGUAGAAUUUCAGGAAUAUAUGCUUUAAAACCACAGCAUUUCCUCUCUGCCCCAUGGCAAAAUGUGUAGAAUUUCAGGAAUAUAUGCUUUAAAACCACAGCAUUUUCUCUCUGCACCAUGGCAAAAUGUGUAGAAUUUCAGAAAAUGUACUUAAAAACGUCUCUUUUUUUGCCGUCAAGAGGGGGACACCUGAAAUGUUUUACCCGCGAGGUGGGGGUAAACCUAGCCGUGGUUCUAUAUAUCACAAAACACCUUGGAGGUUAUAACUAAAACCUUGUUAGACUCCCAACCAUUUACUGUACAUAUCGAUGACAUCACAUCAAGUCGCUUUUAGCAUGCUAAGAUGGCAUCUCAUGAGGGAGAUUUAUGUAGACAUAACAUGCACAGUUUGAGCUACUCCAGGAAGUGAUGUUGCAGGCUAGCUCAGUGCCGCCCCUUUCAAUGAGUAUCUCAAGUGUAAAUGAUAGCCGACCGGGGUACUGCAGGCUGCCAUAGCAACUCAAUUAUCCAUAUAACUUCUUUGUGUGAUUUUUAAAAAAAAAUAUCGGUUCAAGGACAUACAUCUGUUGUAAUAGAAGCAAUUAUCUGUAACAUGAUUGUCUUCAAAUGUUUUUUGUUGUUUUUUUCCCUUUGAAUAUUGACCUGAAACCGCAACCAUUUACUAUAACGGGGAUCCUGCUUUCUGGGAAAAACCAGCCUGGUUUCAAUGAGAGGUGGCAGUUGGUCUCCCCUGGGGCCUACACAUACUCUUCCUUUGCGCUGCUAGUCACUAGCCUGGAAUCCAAACUGAAUAUCAUUCUGUAUUGUUCACUAUCCUUCACGAACACUCACCAGAAUGGAUGCCAUUGAUUACGUUGGAUCCCCUGUUCUCAAGCUGGGGUUUGAUCCUGAAUGUACAUCUCAGAUUGUUGUUUUUCUCUUUUACUUUUCACUUUACCAUUAUUUGCUCUUUCAUAGUUUCAGCAAAAUGUAGUAGUAUAUUACACAAUAUGUCAAAAUAAGACAUUCUUCUGAAUUACACAUCAUUCAUACUCUAUAGACACAGACAAAGAGGUGCCUAUAGCUGUUCAUUUGACCUUUGUAUAUAACACCAUAUUAAGCACAAAGUGUACAUGAUUUCUGUAAAUAUGGAAUGGAUUAUAAUUUGCAUAUUCUAUAAAAACAAAUCAGACUUCUUUAAAAUUCGAUCUAAAACGAACAAAUAAAACAAUCUAUAUUCCACUUCA